AUGGCCCAGAGAAAUCAAGUCGACGCUGGUUUCGUUUAUCAUGUUAUUCUCAUGACAUCUGAGAUUAAGGAUAUUGGCGAUCAGAAUGAGAAAAUACGCAUACUGGGUACCUACACGUCUAUAGGGAAAGCAAAGGAGGCGGCUCACCGCAGCCUCUUUGAGAGUGGAUAUGAACGAGAAUGGUUCUCAAGAUUUGAGACAGAUCCGGAAGUUCUUGAAUCUUUAUCCGCAAUCCAGGGGGUUGGACUCGCGGUUUAUGCUGUUGCAACGGAUGGUACAGUGUUUCGAGUCCGCAUCAGUACAUCCCCAAAUACCUUGCGCUUGACGACUGAUAAUGAAGACGGUCGAAUUCCAACCUCGCUCUACUAUGUCUUGCAAACGAACAUUCCUUACUGCACCCAUGAACGCAAGCCUGCACAUGACACCAACGUCGAAGGGAUGUUCAAAAGUUAUGAAGAAGCCAGGAAGUUCGCGAGUAUUUUACUACUUUCAGAAGAGGAUGGAAUCACAUCAUCAAGCUACCAAGAUUACUGCGAGGCUGGUUCAAACGAAAGAGAUUGCGAAUAUGGUGAUAAUGUUGUUGUUCAUGCGAUAGGCGAAAAUGGGGAAAAUUACUUUGUCAGUGUGAUUAUGUGUCAGGAGCUAGAGAGUGUCAGGCUGGCGGAAGCCUCUUUCAAAAUGCCUUGA